AUGAACUUCUACACCAUCUUCAACUUGUUUGCCCUUCUCGCCAUGUGUUUGGCGCAGAAGAGAGCAGACGACGACAAGCCCACCACCACCUCGCAGACCAGUGUGUAUGUGACGGUAACAGUCAACGGGAAGGCCACUGUUGUGCAGACAGUGUACUCGCAGACCUUCAUUUCCACCUACGAGAGUGCCACCGGCGCCGUGCCCUCGGGGGCUGUCGGUAUGGGCUCGUUGAGUGGGUCGGUCGGGGGUGUCCGUUCGUACUCACAGACCACUGUGGGCCAGGCUAACGCUGCUGCUGGCUUGUGGAGGCCAGAGAACAUGUAUGCUGGAGCAUUUGGGUUCGCCUUCUUGUUGAUCGGGGGAUUGCUCUAG